AUGCACGUAAUCAUAUUGACGCUAUUAUUUAGCAUUUACCUAGUAAGUGGCGAACUGUACCACGAGGACUACCGGCCCCAACUCCGGUACACACCACCCAAGGGCUGGAACAACGACCCGAACGGACUCUUACACUAUAAGGACAAAUACCAUCUGUUUUUUCAAUACUUUCCCGACGCACCCCAUAAUGGUCCUCAGCACUGGGGUCACGCCGUGUCCACUGACCUGUUUCACUGGGAAAAUCUUCCGAUAGCCCUAUACCCGCAACUGGACGGCCACGAGAUGAUCUGGUCCGGCUCGGCCAUCGUCGACGAGCGCAAUGUCACGGGUUUCCAACCGGUCGGGUCGGCCAACAAGACAAUGGUCGCCAUAUUCACCGGUAUGCACGACACAGAUGGUACUCAGAGUCAGUGGUUUGCCUACAGUCUAGACGAGGGACUGAACUGGAAGUACUACGCGGGGAAUCCCAUUAUUCCCAAUCCCGGUCUGCGGGACUUUAGGGACCCGAAGAUUUUUGCCUUCGGAGACCACUAUGUGAUAGUGUUGGCCGCCGGCGAUCACGUGAACCUGUAUAGCAGUCAGGAUAUGAAGCACUGGGAGCUGAUCCAGGACAUUUACCUAGUAAGUGGCGAACUGUACCACGAGGACUACCGGCCCCAACUCCGGUACACACCACCCAAGGGCUGGAACAACGACCCGAACGGACUUUUACACUAUAAGGACAAAUACCAUCUGUUUUUUCAAUACUUUCCCGACGCACCCCAUAAUGGUCCUCAGCACUGGGGUCACGCCGUGUCCACUGACCUGUUUCACUGGGAAAAUCUUCCGAUAGCCCUAUACCCGCAACUGGACGGCCACGAGAUGAUCUGGUCCGGCUCGGCCAUCGUCGACGAGCGCAAUGUCACGGGUUUCCAACCGGUCGGGUCGGCCAACAAGACAAUGGUCGCCAUA